CGACGCAGUCUUCAGAGUCAUUCUCGGACGUGAAAUAACUCAAGACAAGUAACCAUGUGGCCCUCUUUGAGAAUUCUGUCUAAUCACUGACCAUCUAAAUGCCUUUAUGAAUGACGACUGAUUAAAGAAGAAAUACCUGGGAGGAGAGCUGCUCGUGAUGUCAGUAUCAACUUUUAUCACAACCGUCAGAACGCUCCAGAAUGGGAGACCAGGAAGGACGUGAAGUUAUACCUUUCAGUGUGUUACGUCAAACUACCGUCCUCUCUAUGACGUUGUGGUUCAAUUCAUAUUCGCGACUUACGGUUUGUGAGUGACGUCAUAUAACUAUUCUCCCAAUGACUUCGUGGUUCAGCUCAUAUUCGCGCCUUAUGACCCGUGGGUGAUGUAAUUGAAAAGUGCUCACAAUGUGAUGACAGCCUCAAAUAUAACACGAGUUCCAGUGACGUAGCACACACAAUGUAAUAUCAGCCUCAAACACUGCACGAGUUCGAUUGACGUAGAGCCCACAAUGUGACUGCAGCUCGGGUGCACAGGAGCGCCUGGACGCUUGUCUUUGUACUGUGGGCGAAUCAUAAGGACAGCAGAUGCUGAUUUGGACGUACAUCUCAAAUAACCUGAAGCGUGGGUUUAACGAUAAACGUACACAAUAAAUUAAUUCAAACACAACAAGAAAAAGAAAGAAACAAACAAACAAAAACAACACAUAUCUGCACACACUUUCACGGCCCUGGCUCCACGAAGGGGGUGUGUGAGUACCCAGGUGUGUGUUUGUGUGUCUCCCAGUGUGUAAUAUUGGCGUGUGUGUCCGCGCUAGCGGCAGCGUCUAAUGCAAUCUCUGCGGGAGUUCUCGGCCAACAAGAGCUGCCCGGAGCUGUCCCAGGACUCGAGACUCUGUCCCGACGUACAACACACGAGCUCCCUCUCCCACUCUCUCUCCCACUCUAUCUCUGGCUCCCUCUCCGACUCUCCCUCCCACUCCCACUCCCACACCCGUACCCACAGCCUCGACUCCGCCUCGGAGCAGAUCUACCUCCGUACCAGUUCCCUCCCCCUGCUCAGUCAGGAUGAGUUCGCGGAGAGCAGUCAUGACGUCACCACCGAUAGCCCCGCCCAUAACAUGACCACCACCACGGAGGAUGACGUCAUUGAGAUCUUGUCGUGCCAUGUGGAGCCGGAGGAGGAUACGGCCUCCGGCCCCGCUCUCAUGGCUGUCAAAAUCCCUCCAGUCCCCAGCAUAGUGGAGACGCCUUCAGACGCCCACAGACGCCGUGUAGCCCGAGCGAUAGGAGUGGUCACUUUUCUCCUGCUUCUGUUCAGCAUCAUCCUCAUCGGGAUCUCUCUCAACAUGAGCAAGGACAUCGACGAAAUGGCAGUGGCCACGCACAUCCCCACAGUCAAUAACGGGGAAGCUGGGGUGUUGGACGACAGUGGCAACCGUCGCCUCAGCUACAACUACCACAACCACAAGUCUGACAACGACGACGUCAACAAUAACGUCGUGCAAUCUUUGGGCAGCGUCAACAACAGCAGCAGAACUUUUCCGACCAAUGAGCAAGAGCUAUUUUCAGAACCGACCAAUGGCAGCUCCUUUCCGAUAACGUGAUUCUAAAUCAGGGUUAGAAACUAUGGGCAUGAUAGAAAUGUAGAAAGAGGAGAAAUGAACUCCAACAUGAAUAAAUAAGUUGGAGCCUGGUAGAUUUAGCCUUAACACGGCGCUUGCAUGACCAAAUUGUGUGUCGACAAAGACUCUAACGGACUAACGAUGUAGUCCUAACAGUGUGGGGAAUGUGUGUGUGUGUGUAUGUGUGUGUGUGUGUGUGUGUGUGUGUGUGUGUGUGUGUGUGUGUGUGUGUGUGUGUGUGUGUGUGUGUACGCGCGCGCUGCGUUCAUAAGGAAUAUGGGCGGUCAUGUGGAUGGCUAUGCAGAAUGUGUGGGUUGGUGUUUUAGAUGCCAAGUAAAAUUAUAGUCAAAAGAUGUGAACUUGAGGACAUAACAUUGUCACACCAUUCAAAUGGUAGCACAAACAUGUCACGUAACAAAUCUGAUAGACAGGAAGCUGAGAGGACUUACUCAUGAGUGACCAAGGGAAACAUUUCGAGCAUAGGGAGUGUCCAGGCCUGCUCGGACUUUGUACAUACAUCGGUCGAUGCCGCAAGGACUUCAGUCUGACGUGAAUGACCGUUGGUGAACGAAACAAAAACUUUAGUUCGACUGGAAUGACGGUCUGUGAACGCUGAAAAGACUUAAGUCAGGCUUGAAUAACAGUCGCUGCAAGCCAGACAGAGUUAAAUCACUGGUCUCUGGAAUCGAGACAGACCAGUUACAAAACUGGACACAGUCCAGCCUUGGUGAUAGCCUCUGAUGGAUCCCACCAAUUGACCGUCGCACACUUCAGCCUUUUUGAAAAUAAUGGAUGUUACUCACAUGUUAACAGUCUGACACUGAAGCCUUUGUGACAGUCUUGAAUGGAAUUCAACUAUUGAUCGUCACACACGUUAGUCUUUGUGAUAGUCAUAACAAAGUCAUCCCUGGACACUCACUGUCCACUCUACAUGAUACGCAAAUGACAUUAUCUGGACAUUCACUGUAUGUGGGUGCGUGGAGAGAGAGAGAGAGAGAGAG